AUGUCAAAAACUGACCUUGUAGUUAAAACUAAUCAAUUAAAUUCAGCAGUUCAAAACCUUUCUUUGCCCGAAUUACGCAUUAUUCAGCUUGCUAUCGUGGACGCUCGUGAAACUGGCAAGGGGCUGGACACUAAAACGCCUUUACGCAUUGAUGCCAUGCGCUAUGCUGACGCUUUCGACACUACACGACAAAACGCCUAUAUUUUGAUGAAACAAUCAGAAGAAACGCUUUUUAACCGCCGUUUCACCUACUUUGACCGUGAAAAAAAGCCUAUAAAAUCGCGUUGGCUUCAAGAUGUCCGCUAUUUAGAUGAUGAAGGGGCUAUUGAAGUCUGUUUCACUCGCCUGGUGGUCGAAUGUAUUACACGGCUAGACGGUGCAGAGCAAUUUUUUACCCAAUAUAUGCUUAGCCAAACGGCAAACCUAAACAGCGUGUAUUCUGUGCGCCUGUAUGAGUUACUUAUUCAGUGGAAAACGGCUGGCAAAACGCCUGUGUUUGAAUUAUCGCUUUUUCGUGGACAAAUGGGGCUUGAUGAUGGCGAAUAUAAGGUCAUGUGUGAUUUUAAAAAGCGUGUUUUAGAUUUGGCAGUAAAUGAGAUAAACGAAAAAACCGAUUUAACCGUGUCCUAUACUCAAGAGAAAAAAGGGCGUGUUAUUUAUGGCUUUAAAUUUACAGUAAAGCAAAAACAGGCUCAAAAACCGCUUAAAACGGCUCACAAUGAUGUUAAAGACCUUAAUACGGUAGAUAUGUUCCAUUUGAUGACAGAAAAGCAAAUAGGGGUGUUUUCGCGCAAAUUAGCUAAUAUGCCUGAAUUAGGUAGUAAAGCGCCAAUGGGCAAGACAAUGGACGAAUUCAUACAGAUAAUUGCUAAUGAUUUGAAAGAUGAGAAAAAACAAGCUAAAUAUAAGCCAUACUUAGAGAAAUUAGGCUUUAAAUGA